AUGCAAAGAACAAAAAAGAACAACCUUUGUCGCCGGCUAUGGAACGGGCUCGAGCUUCGGAAAGACGACGCCGUAUUCAUUUAUGGCUCGUCUUAUGACCCAUGCUCGUUUCAAUCGGGGAAGGAGAAGGAUCACCACGCAGCUGGAUCGUCCCCAUGGAGGCCGUUAUCAUCAUCAUCAUUGACUUCUUCUUCUUCUUACGGAAGAGAAGCUUUCUGCGAGACUGGAUGGUGGGGAAAAUAUGUUCUUUUCACUGUCGAGUCGUCGAUAUCAACAAUCGCAAAUAUCAAAUACUCAAUAAUGCCAAUGGCUUCCUCGACGCAAGACCUCAUCCCACAUGUUCAAGUUCAGCUCGUGAACACGUUUGGGGCACUGUUUAUUGGGGUCAUCAUUGCAGCAGUGAAUAACAUUCUACAAGCUGGUCUGAUCAACUACGCGAACAUUGGUGCGCUCAUAGAAUUCAUAUGGAGUUGCAAACUUCAGUUGGUAGUCACCGUUUUCACCAUCUUUGUGGAACAUCUGUAUUUCCCCCCUAUCAACAGAUUUAUCGUGGCUUAUGCGGUGAACCUAGUUAGCAAGGGCCGAUCAAAAGUUCUGCCGAUCAUAGUGGGUGUUGUCGUCGUCCUAACUUCAGCCGCUAUUUGGUACAUGCUGUUUGACGAGUAUGUGUUCAAUGACAAUUAUCAUUACAUAUAUGUCAACUCGUACAUCGCACUACUGAACGCGCGACACUACGCGCAGCCCAAUGCAGACGCAGUACAUUCUUCCGAAUGCCAUAUAUGCCAUGACGUCUACCGCCCGGGACUGCACGUUAGAGCGUCGCAGGACGAUGGACAUCCCGAUGAAAUGUUGCAAAUCACUCGACAUGUUCAGGCUGUCACGCGGCCGAUUGAGGUGACGAUGAAAAUUAAUUCUCUCUCUUCAGCGUGAUGGAUCAAUUACGUGGAUCAUUGUCUCCGUAUUUGCGAGAUCGGCGCUACCGACAAAUGACUUUGACUU